AGUAUUGAAAUUGAUGUUAAUUUUGGAUGUUUUCUAUUAGAAAUGGGUUAUUAUAAAAAAGCCAUUGUUUAUUUUGAAAAUUUGUCCGACCAUUUGAUACUUAAUGAUAAUGACAAACAUCACGUUUUGUCUAAUCUUUCUCAAGCUUACAAUUCGAAUAAACAAUAUGAUCUAGCUUUAAAAUGUCAAAUUGAAGCAUUGAAUAUUAGUAAUAAUUCAAAUGAUUUAAAUUUCAUUUCUAAAGAUUUAUAUAAAAUAGGAAUGAUUUAUACAAGUCAAAAAAAAUAUGAACUUGGUUUAGAUUAUUUAAAAAAAUCCUUAGAAAUAGUUGAUAAAACUAAUAUUAGAUUAAUAGCAGAAAUACAUAGAUCAAUUGCAAAGACUUAUUGCAAACAAGGUAAGUAUUUUUAUGCAUUUGAACAUGCUCAACAAUCACUUGAAAUAUUUAAUAAUUAUUUUUCAUCAGAUUUAUUUAAAAUAUGUGAUAUACAUCUUGAGAUGGGCUAUAUUUAUUAUUCUAUAAAAGAUUAUUCAAUGGCACUUGAACAUGCAAACAAAACAUUUUUAAUACAAAAACAAAUUUUUACAGAAUAUAAUCCACGUUUUAUUUGUACUUAUCGUUUAAUUGGAAAUAUUUAUUUUUCAACUAAUCAGUAUGAUUUAUGUAUAGAAUAUAAUAUGAAAUCAUUAUUACUUGAACAAGAACAAGAAAUAAAAACAACUGAUUA